AUGGGAUCCCCUCCUAGUGCAAGUACGAUGCAGCCAGAGCAUUCGUCUGAGAACCGUGAUCCUUCUGAUCUAGCUCUCUCGAUGACUCCUCCAGCGGGUCAUGCCGAGCCUGGCGGGGGUUCAGGCAGUGCCUUCACUACUAUCUUCCAGCAUAUAAGAGACAUCUUCUUCCACUCCGAGGACGACACUCUCUGUCUUCUCCUCAAAGACUGGACUACCAGCUCAGUUUCUGCUCAAGUCGUCUCACCACCUCCAAACUUCUCUUUUGAACCUGGGCAAUACAUCCACGACGAGCCUUUGGAAGACGGCCGCCUGCGGUUUUGUGUCAAAGUCCCAGCGGAAUAUCCCAGUGGCAAGCGGGGAUUCUUCACCGUCGUCCAGACGUUUCUGGAGAGAAAAGACAUCUUUGGCAUCAGGGCCGUCUACCUCCAGGAACUGGCCAUCGAAAAGUUCUUGUCAUCUCUCAAGGACGACUUCAAGGCCAAGUCCAAAGCUACCGGUAAGAACAAAGGCAAGGGCCCAAAGGGCAAGCGCCUCAAGUGGAAGAACCCCUUCACGGUCUUUGGCUGUCGCGUUGUUUGGGCACACGACCUUUCCACCCCAGAAACGCUCUAUUUACGUGUCCGUUGCGUUGACAAAGACACGUCUGCCUUGGUGGUCGUGGACACAAACGACCUCUCCUACAAGAUCGGUCUCUCCUCUGACAAAGUAUGCCCAUCACUGCUGACAUUUACCUUUUUCUCCUUGCUCACAAAGUGGCAGACCAAGUUCAUCAACGCCGCUACUCUCCAUCUUCAUAUUCAACUUCGCCUCUUUUGGUGGCAGACUUACUUCCAUAAAAUGGCCGUUCAGCACCUGGGAUCAUGGACGGGCCAGGCCACUCCGGAGGACCAGUGGUGGUGGUCUGUUAUCCAAGGGCACCGUGAACAAUGCUAUGAACAACCUGCGGCAGAAGUGACUCACAGAGAUCUUACAACUGAAGGUACUCACGUGGAGAGUCCACAAGAAGAAACCUCUGAAAACCUCAUGACGGGAGAGACUCAUGGAGAUCUCACAACUGAAGACACUCACAAGGAACUCCCAAAGGAAGAGACUCCCAAAGAACUCACGACAGAAGAUGCUCCUGAAAACCUCAUCGUGGAAGAACCUGAGGAAGUGACUUCUCCACAUGCUUCUACAAACGAUGUUUCUGCCGAAGCAAAGGCACCUAUUGCGUACGAUGUUCCAGUUGCAAAUAUCGAUAAUCCCAACGCGCUUCAGCAACCAGAGCCCCCAGCCGCAGAAGCGUCGUCCUCCCAACCUCAGAAAUCCAAGAACAAAAAGAAGAAAAACAAGAAGAAGAAAGGAAACAAAGCUGCGGGGCCUGGACACAUGGAGCCUAAUGGUACUCCUGUCACUCUUCAACAGGAAGCCCCCUCUCAUUCUGUUUCAUCGAUUCCUGUCCAUGAACCUUCGACUACAUCACGACUUCCUUCAUUCGAGGCCACGGCUCAGAGCGACGCUGAACUUCAGCAUCAAGUCGCAAUCACUGUUUCCUCGACCACAUUGCAGCUUGCUUCAUCUGAUACCACGGCUCAGAGUCACACUGAACAGCUUCAAGGCAUUUCUUCUUCUGAAUCUCAGUCGACUUCUCUUGUCGAGACUUCAGAGGCAUCCCAGAGCCUCGACUCAUCUCAAGACCACACGCCGUCAAUCAGUCUCACUCAUCUUCCUCAAGAUACCACUACUUCACAACCUCAUUAUGGGACUACAGGGCACAACCUUGUUUCAGAAUCUACACCUGCUCAGCCAAUUUCUGAAGAGACACCGCAGGCCACAAAGGCGAAUGGGGAGGACAAGUCCAAUACAUCUACUACCGAAGAGGCUACUAUGACUCUUGUCGGGACAGGUCCGACUCCAGAUGAGCCAUCAUCUCUCUCUCACGACAACCACGCUAUUGAAAACACCGCGAAACCUACCAAACUAGCUACAACUCCAGCACACGAUUCCUUUGACGACUCUCUUUCCGAAGAGAAACCAGUCAAGGAAGCUGCAACGCCCAAUCACACUUCUGACAAGUCUCUGCUCGAAGAGACCCCCGCGUCAUCAAACGAAAAAGACCAGAUCGAAACAGCAUCGGACUUCAAGCGUCCAACUCGUUCUCACGGCCGGCGCCGUCGUCGUACCAGACUUUCUUCUGUAUCCAGCUCGAUACUUUACACGAUUGCUGAAUCUGAUGAUGACUCGCAUACUGAAGGAGAUGACCACCAGUCUGAGGGCAACAAACAACUGCAGAUUGAGAACGACAUGCUAGUCUCUCAGGACGUUGAGCCUGUCACGUCCGAAAUCUCUCCUGAACACAACAUCCCAACUUCUGCUCAGCCGAGUCCCAAGAAAAAUGACAAGAAGAGCAAGAAGAAGAAUCGCGGCUCGGAAUCAUCUGCAAUUGAAAGAACUACCACUGGUACACCGACUAUCGUAACUCAAAGAAGCAACAAUACAUCCACCAAAACUCAAGACGCACAAGUUGGCAUUCAACGCUCCGCUAGAAACGCGAGCGGUACAUUCUUGCAAGACCAUUCUACUCAGCGAUCGGAGACUCGUCCUUCACCAGUGCCAUCCGGCUCGCAUACUUCUCGCCCCGAAUCCGAUCUACAACAAGCUGGUGGCCAAGGUGAAUGGAACGUCGUCUCACGGGCCCGAAAAUCUCAACCAUCUUCUGCACGCACUUUUCCGGCACCGCGCACUUCUGCAGCACCACGCACUACCGAGAAAACGCAGCUGGCGGGAAUCAGCCGUACGACAAGCAGCCGUUCGACGGAGGCCAGACAAUUUCAAAAUCAAGAGAGACAACAGACUUCGACAGCUAGCCCUACACAAAAACCAUCCGAGAGAAGAGUCUGGAACCUUGUCUCCCAUCCGCCUCCUGUUCUGAACGACGCUGAUUUCCCCCCUCUGCCAUCGCAGAGGAAGCCGCAGCAAGAACAAGGGCCCACAAUCGCUGCCACAGCGUCUGCAAACAGCAGCACCACUGAUCUAACUCAGUGGUCCGGCUGCAAGACCGAAACAACCGUCCGGUCCGUCAAAGGAGACGACGACGACGACGACAACGACCACGACAACCAGACCGGGUUGGAGCGCGAUGAAGCCAAACCGUCUCCCGCUGUCACUGCCCAAACCAACAACAACAACGCCGAGACAGUGUCCGGGCAGCGGGAGACAACAUCGCGACCGCACGAUCGAGGAGCCCUUCCCUCGGCGAGCACCGCUUCGUCGUCGCAGCCGAGCCAGCCGGGCCCGCGGCGCCCCGCGGGGUGGUUCUGGCAACUCGACAGCCACGGGUUCCCGUGCGCGCUGGCCGGCUGCGACAAGCGUUGUAGCUCGUGGGAUGGCGCGUCCGUCAUCUGUCCGCGGUGCGGACCGUACUCGGAGGUCCGCUACUGCGGCGAAGAGCACCUCUUCGCCGACAUCAAGGCGCACUGGCCUUACUGCGGGCAGAUGACGUUCCGCCAUCCCUGCCGGGAGAGCUCUAUUCCCCGGCAGCAGAGGGAAGGGCCGCCGCUGCUGCCCAGCCGCCACAACUGGGACACCCCCGAGCGGCACCGACAGGCCGUCCGCCACGCCGUCGACCGCUCGGGGGACUACUUCAUCUUCAGUGACUGGGCGGACUGGAUGGCGGCUGGGCAGCCGGACGACAUCCUCGACGUACGGUGCUCCAACCGCGUGGUCUGGGUCGUCUCCUUUGACGACCGGGAGGACAGGGACCGCUUCCGCCGGGUGUUGGGGGUGUGUUUAUUCGGUGAGUCUUUUCUCGCUCUUUCUUUCUUUUUAAUCUCGCUAUCUCCUGACAUCAAGCUAACAAUAUUUCUGACAGCCUCCAUCGAAGUGGUCCCACUCGUCGGAUACCUCUUCCGCAUGAUACGGGACAAUCUCCGCGUCCGGGGGGUAUGGAACAGCGAGCUCGACGCCGCGCUUCGGUACCAGAUGAAGCACGAGCUCGCCGUGCCCUUACUCCCCGCGACGACGGGGACCCGGCACGCCUGUCAGACGGACUGGGACGGGCGCAGCCGACGCGCCUGCCCAGACCCUGUCUGCCAGGCCGAGUACGUGCCGCUCCUGGGCGAGUCGGCCAUGGGGAUGGGCGCAGGCACCGCCGGAGGAGCGGGCGGAUUCCGCCGCCUCUGCGACUACUGGGAGGCCAACUUCUGGCUCCUCCGUGCGGCGCGCCUCACCCACCCCCAUGUCGCCCAGGUAGCGGCCCGUACGCGCGGAGAGGGGUUCGACGAGGUCCUCCCGGAGGACCGACGGUUGUUUCGGCGCGGCGAGGGCUGGGACGGUGCCGGGACUGGGGAGAUGGAGAUCGAGGGUCUCCAGUUUUGA